CCUGGCUGUGCUCCAGGGUAAACUUCCACAAGGCGAGCAAUAACAUAAAGUCAAGGUGAAGGUCAGGGGAGCCCUUAAAAAGGUCUUCUUGCACCCUAAGGUGGCUGAAGCCACUCCACAGCUGUUUGUCCUGCCUGCUGCCACCCAGACGCAAUGUGGCUGCUCUUGGCUGUCUUUCUGCUCACCUUUGCCUAUUUAUUUUGGUCCAGGACCAAGCGCUCUGGUGCCAAGUACCCCAGGAGCCUUCCAUCUCUGCCCCUGGUGGGCAGCCUGCCGUUCCUCCCCAGACGUGGCCAGCAGUACGAGAACUUCUUCAAGCUGCAGGAAAAAUAUGGCCCCAUCUAUUCCUUUCGUUUGGGUUCCAAGACUACUGUGAUGAUUGGAAAUCACCAGUUGGCCAGGGAGGUGCUUCUCAAGAAGGGCAAGGAAUUCUCUGGGCGUCCCAAAGUGGCCACUCUAGACAUCCUGUCAGACAACCAAAAGGGCAUUGCCUUUGCCGACCAUGGUGCCCACUGGCAGCUGCAUCGGAAGCUGGCACUGAAUGCCUUUGCCCUGUUCAAGGAUGGCAACCUGAAGUUAGAGAAGAUCAUUAAUCAGGAAGCCAAUGUACUGUGUGAUUUCCUGGCCACCCAGCACGGAGAAUCCAUAGAUCUGUCCGAGCCUCUCUCUCUGGCGGUGACCAACAUAAUCAGCUUUAUCUGCUUCAACGUCUCCUUCAAGAAUGAGGAUCCUGCCCUGAAGGCUAUACAAAAUGUCAAUGAUGGCAUCCUGGAGGUUCUGAGCAAGGAACUUCUCUUGGACAUAUUCCCUGUGCUGAAGAUUUUCCCCAGCAAAGCCAUGGAAAAGAUGAAGGGUUGUGUUCAAACACGAAAUGAAUUGCUGAAUGAAAUCCUUGAAAAAUGUCAGGAGAACUUCAGCAGCGACUCCAUCACUAACUUGCUGCACAUACUGAUCCAAGCCAAGGUGAAUGCAGACAAUAACAAUGCUGGCCCAGACCAGGAUCCAAAGCUGCUUUCAAAUAGACACAUGCUCGCUACCAUAGGGGACAUCUUCGGGGCUGGUGUGGAGACAAGCACCUCUGUGAUAAAGUGGAUCGUGGCCUACCUGCUACACCAUCCUUCGUUGAAGAAGAGGAUCCAGGAUGACAUUGACCAGAAUAUAGGUUUCAGUCGCAUCCCAGCCAUCAGUGACCGGAACCGCCUUGUCCUGCUGGAGGCGACCAUCCGAGAGGUGCUCCGAAUCCGGCCUGUGGCCCCUAUGCUCAUCCCCCACAAAGCUAUCAUUGAUUCCAGCAUUGGCGACCUUACCAUUGACAAGGGCACAGACAUUGUGGUCAACCUGUGGGCACUGCAUCACAACGAGAAGGAGUGGCACCAGCCCAACCUGUUCAUGCCCGAGCGCUUCUUGGACCCCACGGGGACGCAACUCAUCUCGCCAUCGUUAAGCUACUUGCCCUUUGGAGCAGGACCCCGCUCCUGCGUAGGUGAGAUGCUAGCCCGCCAGGAGCUCUUCCUCUUCAUGUCCCGGCUGCUGCAGAGGUUCAACCUGGAGAUCCCGGAUGAUGGGAAGCUACCCUGUCUGGAGGGCAAUGCCAGUCUCGUCUUGCAGAUCAAACCUUUCAAGGUGAAGAUUGAGGUGCGCCAGGCCUGGAAGGAAGCCCAGGCUGAGGGUAGCACCUCAUGACUCCACCCUAUGUGACCCCACCCCACAGAAUUAGAGGAGCUCCCCCACCCUCUCCCACCAUUCCUUCUUCCUCCCCGCCCACUCUGCCUUCUUUCCCAGCCUGCAGCCCUGGCAGUGAUGCGCAUAAAACAGUUUUUUCUCCAAAG